ACCGCCACAAUAUUUCUACAACAGGUCCGGCAAAGCUGCGCAGCAAUUUGUUGAUAAUAUUUAUUAAGUUUUGCAAUAAAAUAAUUAAAUAAACAAGUGCGAAAUGUUUGAAAAGAAGAAGCAGGCUGAGCACAAGCCCCGGGAUGAUGGCGUUGAACUGGAGAAUCAAUUCAUAAUGCGUUUUCCCAAACACCUUGCCACUGUGGUGCAUGAAUCCAUACAAGCUGGGAAUAUAAAGGAUAGAUUAAAUAUACAAUUGGAUCAGGAUUUGCGUUAUGGAGAAGUGCGUUUGGAUGAUCAGUUGCUCUAUGCGAAAAUUGUUGACUUGCCGACAGUGGUGGAAAGUUAUAAAACCAUCGAUAACAAGAGUUUCUACAAAUCGGCGGAUAUUUGCCAGAUCUUAAUAUGCAAGGAGGAGCCGGAGGAUGAGACGGAGAAGGAGUCACCCAACAAGAACAAGAAAAAGGAUCCCAACAAGGUGGACAAGAAGUAUUUGUGGCCACAUGGCAUCACUCCACCCUGUAAAAAUGUACGCAAGCGAAGAUUUCGCAAGACACUGAAAAAAAAGAAUGUGGAGACGCCGGAAAUUGAGAAGGAAGUGAAGCAUCUGCUGCGCAUUGACAACGAAGCGGUGCGCGUGGAGUACGAGAUCAUCAACGAGGAGGAUAAGCCCCAUGAUGAGCUGGAUCAAUCAGAUAUAAAGCCAUAUAACGAAGCCGAUGACGAUUUGCAGGAUGAUACCAUGCAUCCAAGUGAUAAGAUUAACAAUGAGAGCGCCUCACAGCGUGAGAUUAAUGUGGAGUCCGAUGACGAUGAGACGAGCAACUUUGAGACACAUCGUGCCCCCAAUAUGGGCGUGGCUGCCCACGAUAUAUUCGGCGAAGAAGUGUCCACAACGGAUGACGAGGAUGAGCCCGCCAUGGCGGGAAAUCAAUCACGACAGCAGCGUCACGAGCUGGAGGAAUCCUCACGCCUGUCCGCCGAUGAUUCACGCAUGUCAGACUUCUUUGGCGCCAGCAGCAGUGGUGGAGUCAAUCCCAGUGGUAGUGGCAUCAAGAUGGAGCACAAUGAGUUCAGCAAAUCCAUGUUUGGACGGGAACAGCGAGAGACCAGCAGUCCCAAGCUCAGUGCAGCCGGUUCCAGCUCAAAUCUGGCUGCUCCCAGCGGAUUCUAUGACAACGCAAUGCUGACGAAGCGUGAGGAGUUUGAGAACUUAGAGUUUAUGGAUGAACCACAACCACAGUACACACAGCAGCAGAUUCACGAGAAGAUCAGCCAACUGACACGGCAAAUUGGCGAACUGAAGGCUCAGCAAUCUCAGAAAUCCACCGAAAUUGCCUCUAUUCAGAAUGCCACACUCAAACAGCGAAUGCAGGAAACACUUGAUAAUCUCUACACUCAGGUUAUCGAACGGGAAUUGGAGCUUAAGGAUUUCGAAAACAUGCUUGAGCAGUAAAGGAUUAACAAAAAAAUAUAAAUAAGCCUUAAAUAAGUCUAGAAUUCAUACAUGUGUAAAAAAAAUCAUAAAC